AUGCCAGGUGUCGAUCGGUCUUAUCGUUCGGAUGAUACGGAGGAUGCAAUGACAACGGAUAAUCCAACCACCCCCUUUCCCACACCUCCACCUACAUUAGUGUCGCCUAGGUCACCACUUCCCCAUCAUAGACAAGCAUCACCGUUUCCCUUAGAAAAUACGAACACGCGACGAAUGCACUAUGCAACCCCUCAAGACCGCUUGCGUGGGAAUAAUGGUGAAGUUAUAUAUUCGAGUAACAAAAAGGGUAUUGCAAAUACGAUAAACCGAAGUGGUAGAGGCCGGCACGGUAGAACGGGCGGUAUGACAUCUUCUAGUAGCGCAACUUCAUGUAACAGCUGCACAGAAGGGGUUCGUAACGACGUCGCGUACCACGGAGAUACUCAGCAGCGCCUCUGUUUAACUAACGGUGGUGGUGAAGAAUCGCCUCCGGAACCCGCCCCACCCGAAGUGCCUCCCCGAGGACCAUCUUUGCAUUCCGCAACGCUUAGAAGAAGAGCUGAAUAUUCACUUCCGGUAGGCGAAUCCGGUCCCGCUAGUCAGGAAUCGCAAUUCCUUUCGCAGGGCGAUUUAAUUCGCAUUGAAAAGAGGAAGGGUCAUUUACUGUCCUGCUUUGAAAUCAGGCGAUGA